UUCUUUUUCUUUCUCAAUUUCCAUCAGACAAAAACCCAAAAACCGGCUGCUUGGAUGAACCAAAACCUAUCGAUCUGUCAGUACUACACCUGGAUUCACUGACCAGCCGCACAGCAGGCAUGUCCCGAAGGAAGCAGAGCAACCCCAGGCAGAUCAAACGUCCUCUGGAGGAUGGCCUGGAGGAAGAAGAGGAGGAGUGCGUCUCCGAGGAGAACGAGCUCUUGGCCAAAGACGAGUUCUCGGUGGAGGAGAACUUCACCGCCGAGUUUGAGACGGAGAACAUGAGCUGCGAAGACAUGGAGUACUUCUGCAACAAAGGAGAGGAAGAUGGCAACCGGGAAGCGGGCGAGUCGGAGAUGGACGGGCAGGGCGAGAAGACCAGGCACACUGCGGUGGGGCCAGAUGAAUGGGAUGGUCCAAGAGAGCUGGAUGCCUUCCUUAAAGAUGGCGAGCGUCGGAUCCACAGCCGGCAGCAGCUCCCUGUGGGGACGACAUGGGGACCCUUCGAGGGGAAGAUUGAGAUGAGCACUGACAGCACUGCACUGAAGACGAAGAGCACGGUCCCGGUGGUGCUAAGCGCCGGCCCCAGGUGGCUGCUGGAUGUGACUUGGCAGGGAGCAGAAGACAACAAAAACAACUGUGUGGUGUACAGCAAAGGUGGCCAACUGUGGUGCACCACCACCAAGAACAUGAUGGAGGGCGAGGAGCUGGUGGCGUUUGCGGUGGACUUUGACUCACGUCUGCAGGCAGUGAACCACAUGUCUCUGAGUGAGGGCAUGUACCCAGCCAGGCUGCUGGACAGCAUCCAGCUCCUGCCGCAGCAGGCCGCAAUGGCCUCCAUCCUGCCCACUGCCAUCGUCAACAAGGACAUCUUCCCCUGCAAGGCGUGUGGAAUCUGGUUUCGGAGUGAGAGGAACCUGCAGGCCCAUCUGAUGUACUAUUGCAGCGGGCGACAGAGGGAGCCAGAGACGGUAGUGGAGGAGAACGACACCGGACCCCACCAGACCCCCAGUAUCUGCCCCUUCCCACAGUGCAACAAGAGCUUCUCUGGAGCGAGGGCCCUGGAAAUGCACUUGAGCACCUCACACAGUGGUGUCAAAAUGGAAGAGAGCCUCCCUCCUGGCACCAGCUUGAAAUGCACAAUCUGUAACUACACGGCAGAUUCUCUUAUUACAUUCCAGCAUCACAUCAUGUCUCACCUGUCACAGGCGGCCUUCAGAUGCAAUCACUGCCAUAUCAGCUUCCAGAGCCACAGGGAACUCUUACAGCAUCAGGACUUACAUGGGCACGGCAGCAAACUUCACAGGGAAGGCGACGGCAGUGAGCAUUCCCCCAGGGGGCCUGAGGAAAGCCUCCAGCAGCAGCAGCAGCAGCAGGCCCGCGCUGAGCUGGCCAACAGGAAGGAUGCUCUGCUGGGAAGUCCCAAAGGGGCCCUCAACAAGGAGACCAGCACAGAAGGAGAGGCUGACAAGGCUGAGAAGAAGCCCAUGCUGUCGGUUCAGAAGGGAGAGGCGCACCCAGGCAGUAAAGCCAGUUUUUCUUACACAAGGAUCAAGUCUGAGCCCUCCAGCCCCCGGCUGGCCUCCUCCCCUGUGCAGCAUAACAUGCCUACAUUUCCCAUGGGCCCCUUCUUGUCUCAGUUUGCUUUCUCCCAAGACAUUUCAGUAGUCCCGCAGGCUUCUGAGAUUCUGGCUAAAAUGUCAGAGCUAGUUCACCGGAGGCUGCGCCAUGGAGGGAACAGCUACCCCCCUGUCAUCUACAGUCCUCUUAUGCCCAAAGGGGCCACCUGUUUCGAAUGCAAUAUCACCUUCAGCAACCUGGACAACUAUUUGGUCCACAAAAAGCACUACUGUAACAGUCGCUGGCAGCACAUGGCAAAGUCUCCUGACUUCUCCGCCCUCUCAGAUAAGGUCCCUGAGGCGGUGAGCCCCAACAGUGGUCACAGUUCUGUUAGCAUGUUGGCCAGCUGCCACCCUACGGAGGCCGACAGCCACCUCAUGCAGUCUGCCUGUCUGAACUCCAAUGUGUUGGACAUGAUCAAUGCGGGGGCUAAAGGGCCUGAUAAGGAUCUACCAGGACAGGUGAAGAAGGUCUCUACCCCGACCGGGGCUGAGGAGAGGCUGAAUGGGAAGCAGAUGGAGGGGAAAAGCCCCAGUACGGGUUUAGUUGAAAGUGACAACGAUCCGACCAAGACAACCUGCGAUGCCUGCAAUAUCACCUUCAGUCGUCAUGAGACCUACAUGGUCCACAAGCAGUACUACUGCGCCACUCGUCAUGAUCCCCCCAUGAAACGUAUGUCCACCAACAAGGUGCCCUCCAUGCAGAGAACCAUGAGGACCCGUAAGCGCAGGAAGAUGUAUGAGAUGUGUCUCCCUGACCAGGACCACCAGAGGCCCCCUAUGGGUCAGCCGGGCUUCCUCGGAGUCCCUCCCAUGAACCCUUGCACAUCCCAGGAAGCCGUUGAGAGCCUGGCGGACCGCUUCCACCCCCGCUGUGACAUCUUCCCAGGUAUGGUACCCAAACACCUGGAGGCCUCUCUGACUGUCACUAAACCAAUUCUGGCUCCUAAAUGCAAUACUGUGGAGCAGCAGGAGCUGGACGCCCCCAUUGAUCUCAGCAAAAAGUGUUCGCCAGUCCCUGACAAGACAUGUAGCUCUCCUAAAAGACUGUUGGACUAUCACGAAUGUGCAGUGUGCAAGAUAAGUUUUAACAAAGUGGAGAACUACCUGGCGCACAAACAGAACUUUUGCCCUGCAACAGCCGCCGCCGCCGCCGCCGCCGCUGCUGCUCAGCAACAACAACAACAGCCACAGCAGCAGCAACAACACAAUGAGACUGGCAGCCUGGAGCCAAGCAUGUUCCCAGAUGUGAAGAGUGAAGGCAAUAACAACCCUGAUGAUGUCUACGAUAAGAGCCCAGGCAAAUGUGAGAAGAAUGGCAAUGGGAAGGUUAUGGUGCAGAAUGGAGGCAUGUUCCCCCCUCACCUGGGGCCUGUGCCGGCACUCAAGCCAUUUGCUGAGCCCCAGCUCAUCCCAUCAAAAGAUGAGAACAAGAAUAUGUUUCUGCCCCACUGCCUUUAUCCUGGAGCAAUAAAGAAGGUGAAAGGUCCUGAGCAAAUAUCGCCGUAUUUUGGGAUAAAGCCAACCGAUUAUGUGACUGGGGGACCAGUGAUGCAGGGAGAGGCCAGCGAACAAGAGCAGAGCGUUAAUGGGGGAGGAGGAGGUGCAGGUGGAGGAGGAGGAGAGACAGGAACAACCAGAGAGCAGGCCCAGCAGCCUGCCGCUAAUGGCUGCCCCCACCCUGGCAAGGAGCCCCUUCCCUUACUGCCCAAAAACCGGGGCAUGGUCAUCGUCAACGGGGGGCACAAGCCCGAGGAGCGUUCAGGCACAGCUCCACCGCAGCAGGAGAACCAGCCCCAGCCAGACGGCCAGCCCCCCAAUCCCUCACCUACGUGGGCCACUGAGAACCAGGCCGACUCCAAUGAGAACAUGUCGCCUUCCUCCAAGUCCCCAAUCGAGGAGGCGGCACCCACAGCCAAUAAAGGCGUGAACGGCUCUGGAAGUGGCAAGUACUGCCGCCUCUGUGAUAUCCAGUUCAACAACCUGUCAAACUUUAUUACCCAUAAGAAGUUUUACUGUUCAUCACAUGCUGCAGAGCAUGUAAAAUAAGUUAGAAGAAUAAGACAUGUUCUUCUCCUCCCUCCCACACCUCCCCUCCCUCCCCAC